GCCGCCGUGGGAAAGACAAAACUGGGGUAGUAAUAAUAACAUGUACAGAAGAUGAAGCACCUAAUCAAUCGAUUCUUAAGCAUAUGAUUCUAGGUCUUCCGGAAAAAUUGAAAUCUCAAUUUCUGAAUGGUC